AUGGCUUGCGCGGACGAUACCCUCACGGCCGCUGCUGCCAUCAUACAAAAUCUCGUUAGAGAAGCCCCUUCGGCCGGUUCUCCUUCUUUCGAGUUCAACUUCUCUCCGCAUUCUACAAAUGGCGUGGACUCGCUUCCAAAGCUACCGGGAGAGCCCAGUCUAGCUAAGGUCAGGUUCGAAAAUGAAUUAGAGGCUCUGCAACAAAACCACACACAACCCAACGAACACACACAACUUAUCCAUAAACGGAGAAAGUCUUCCAAAGAUACGGAGCCUGAGAUCCUUGACGAGAGCGAUGGUGCGGCUAGCGAUGAAGAUGAGGAAGGUGGAGUAGCAACUUUAGUACGGGAGGAAGACAUCAGCUAUUUGCGGAACUAUGUUCAGAAACAAGCGGAGGAAAUAAGUUUCCAGAAAAAUAUCAUAACCCAGGUCCGGGAAGAGCUUCAGUUGCAGGAAGUGCAGACGCGGCGAGCUCUUACCAAGGUCGAAAAUGAGGACGUGGUUCUUCUGGAACGAGAGCUGCGCAAACAUCAGCAGGCGAACGAAGCUUUCCAGAAGGCUCUGCGGGAAAUUGGGGGUAUCAUCACCCAGGUCGCUAAUGGUGAUUUGUCGAUGAAGGUUCAGAUCCAUCCCUUGGAGAUGGACCCUGAAAUCGCCACUUUUAAACGGACAAUCAACACUAUGAUGGACCAACUACAGGUUUUCGGUAGCGAGGUAUCUCGCGUCGCCCGUGAAGUCGGAACGGAAGGUAUACUCGGUGGACAGGCUCAAAUUACUGGGGUCCAUGGUAUCUGGAAGGAAUUGACAGAAAACGUUAACAUUAUGGCCAAGAAUCUUACGGACCAAGUGCGUGAAAUCGCGGUGGUCACAACGGCUGUCGCACACGGUGAUCUCAGUCAGAAGAUUGAGAGCCGCGCUCAAGGUGAAAUUCUUGAACUUCAACAAACCAUCAAUACCAUGGUGGAUCAACUACGGACUUUUGCCACGGAGGUUACUCGCGUCGCUCGUGAUGUCGGUACGGAAGGUGUUCUUGGUGGUCAGGCUCAGAUUGAAGGCGUCCAAGGCAUGUGGAAUGAACUUACUGUCAACGUGAACGCCAUGGCGAACAAUUUGACAACACAAGUGCGCGACAUUGCAACGGUUACCAAGGCCGUCGCUAAGGGUGACCUUACUCAGAAGGUGCAGGCCAACUGCAAGGGUGAAAUUGCGGAGCUCAAGAAUAUCAUCAAUUCCAUGGUUGAUCAACUUCGACAAUUUGCACAGGAGGUGACGAAGAUUGCCAAGGAAGUUGGUACAGACGGUGUGCUCGGUGGCCAAGCUACCGUGAAUGAUGUGGAAGGCACAUGGAAGGAUUUGACCGAAAACGUCAACCGCAUGGCCAACAAUUUGACAACCCAAGUCAGGGAGAUCGCGGACGUUACAACCGCUGUUGCAAAGGGUGAUCUCAGCAAGAAGGUCACCGCCAAUGUCCAGGGCGAGAUACUAGAUCUCAAGAGCACGAUUAACGGCAUGGUGGACAGGCUAAAUACGUUCGCCUUUGAAGUCAGCAAGGUCGCCAGGGAAGUCGGAACUGAUGGUACGCUUGGUGGUCAAGCCAAGGUCGACAAUGUGGAGGGGAAAUGGAAGGACCUCACCGACAACGUCAACACCAUGGCCCAGAAUCUCACUUCUCAGGUCCGAAGUAUAUCGGACGUCACGCAAGCCAUUGCCAAGGGUGAUUUGAGCAAGAAGAUUGAAGUCCACGCCCAGGGAGAGAUCCUAACUCUCAAAGUCACCAUUAACCACAUGGUGGACCGUUUGGCCAAGUUCGCUACUGAACUCAAAAAAGUCGCCCGCGAUGUCGGUGUCGAUGGCAAAAUGGGCGGCCAAGCGAACGUGGAGGGGAUUGCCGGAACGUGGAAGGAGAUCACAGAGGACGUCAAUACCAUGGCCGAAAAUCUCACAUCGCAGGUGCGAGCCUUCGGCGAGAUUACAGAUGCUGCAACAGAUGGCGAUUUUACAAAGCUCAUUACCGUCAACGCUUCCGGUGAGAUGGACGAGUUAAAGCGCAAAAUCAAUAAGAUGGUGUCGAAUCUCCGGGAUAGUAUUCAACGAAAUACGGCUGCCAGGGAAGCCGCCGAAUUGGCAAACCGUACCAAGUCCGAAUUCCUGGCAAACAUGAGUCACGAAAUCAGGACGCCUAUGAACGGUAUCAUUGGUAUGACCCAGCUGACUCUGGACACCGACGACCUGAAACCGUACACUCGAGAGAUGUUGAAUGUCGUGCAUAACUUGGCGAACAGUCUUCUGACGAUCAUCGACGACAUACUCGAUAUUUCGAAGAUCGAAGCUAACCGCAUGGUUAUCGAGAGCAUUCCCUUCACAGUCCGCGGCACUGUCUUCAACGCCCUGAAGACGCUGGCCGUCAAGGCGAACGAGAAGUUCCUGAGUCUGACAUAUCAAGUCGACAAUACGGUUCCCGACUACGUCAUUGGUGACCCCUUCCGUUUACGACAGAUUAUUUUGAACUUGGUCGGUAACGCGAUCAAGUUUACCGAGCAUGGUGAAGUCAAGCUUACGAUAUGUAAAUCGGAUCGCGAGCAAUGUGCGGCGAAUGAGUACGCUUUUGAAUUCUCUGUCUCAGAUACUGGUAUCGGUAUCGAGGAGGACAAGCUCGACUUGAUCUUUGAUACCUUCCAGCAGGCAGACGGGUCAACCACACGACGGUUCGGCGGAACUGGACUCGGUCUCUCAAUUUCUAAGCGCUUGGUUAACCUCAUGGGUGGUGACGUCUGGGUCACCUCCGAAUAUGGCCAUGGAAGUACAUUCCACUUUACCUGCGUCGUAAAGCUGGCGGACCAGUCACUGAACGUAAUUGCAUCACAAAUCCUGCCUUACAAGAACCACCGCGUGCUCUUCAUUGACAAGGGAGAGAAUGGCAAUGAGGCAGAAAAUGUCCUGAAGAUGCUCAAGAAGCUGGACUUGGAACCGCUGGUUGUGCGUAAUGAGGAUCAUGUGCCACCGCCAGAGAUUCAAGACCCCUCCGGCAAAGAAUCUGGUCACGCCUACGACGUAAUAAUCGUGGACUCUGUGAACACGGCUCGAAUGCUUCGAACGUACGAUGAUUUUAAAUAUGUUCCGAUCGUGCUGGUCUGCCCACUCGUCUGCGUCAGCUUGAAGUCGGCUCUAGACCUUGGAAUCAGUUCCUACAUGACAACACCAUGCGAGCCGAUCGAUCUGGGCAAUGGUAUGUUACCUGCGCUCGAGGGACGCUCGACGCCGAUUACUACCGACCACUCGCGCUCGUUCGACAUCCUUCUCGCAGAAGACAACGAUGUGAAUCAGAAAUUAGCUGUCAAGAUACUCGAGAAACACAACCACAACGUCUCUGUUGUUGGCAACGGUCUCGAAGCCGUGGAAGCUGUUAAGCAGCGCCGCUACGAUGUCAUUCUGAUGGAUGUCCAAAUGCCAGUUAUGGGUGGCUUUGAAGCCACAGGCAAGAUCCGCGAGUACGAACGAGACAGUGGCCUGAGCCGAACGCCGAUCAUCGCUCUUACGGCUCACGCUAUGUUGGGUGACCGCGAGAAGUGUAUCCAGGCCCAGAUGGACGAAUACUUGUCCAAGCCACUGAAGCAGAACCAAAUGAUGCAGACAAUCUUGAAAUGUGCUACUCUCGGUGGGUCACUGCUGGAGAAGAGCAAAGAGUCUCGCAUCUCAAGCAGUGGCGAGAUGCAUCAUGUCCAUACGGGGCCAGAUGGCAAGUCGCAACGCCCGGGGAUGGAAGCCCGAUCGAUUACCUCAACGAGCGCCACCAACCGCACGCUGGCUACCACAAGUGUCGAUCGAACUGAGCAGCUCUCCAUGGAUAGGGUAAGACCAUAA